UAGUAUUGCAGAUUAACUCUGGGUACUUGAAAGUCAUUAAAUUUGGACUGUGUGAUGGGGGAAAUAAAACACGCAGCAAAUAAGCAACAUCCGCUGAUCUUUAAAUACAUGAUGAUUGAGCGCUGUCAUUGUUCACGAAGAAAAGUCGUAUAUUAGUGACUGAUAUUUUAAAUGUCGACAAAUGUUGAAAAACAAGAUGGAAUUCUUGCUGUUAAUUUUCGCCAUCGCCGAGGUCUUGGUGGGGCCAGUGCGCGGCGGAGGGCAGGUGGAGAUCCGGAUGGUACGUUACACGAACGCGGAAGGGGAAGGCGCCAACGGCCAUUGUUGCGAUGGGAAGUGGGGUAUCUGCGGCUCUCCAUGUGACCACUUUUUCACAGUCUGUCUCGACAACCAGGACGGGCCGACCAACAUGCAGUCCUGUCCGUACGGACGGGCACGUACGGGCGUAAUUAACAAUGCCAACUCGAUAGAUUUCGGCAGCUCCAUAGGCGGAACUCGUAACCCACUCGUAUUUUCCUUUCGGGACUGGCCGGACUCUAUGAAGGUGAAGGUCGAGGUCUACGACCAUGACGAUAACGACGACGACUACGUAGACUUGCUUCACACAUACGUGACAACAAGCCCCGCUCCUGCCAGGAUAGCCGCCCCAGAGAUAAAACACGACAUGCACGGCAGAACAAAGUUAAUUAUAAUGUCACGAGUGUACUGCGACGACGGUUUCUUUGGCGCCAAGUGUAACGUGCAAUGUGCAUCACGUGACGACGAUCGUGGUCACUACACGUGUCACCCAGGCAGCGGCAAGCACGUGUGCAUGGAAGGUUGGACGGGCAUCAACUGCCUAGAAAGGGUCGACAACUGUGUGGACCACAACUGCAAGAACGGUGGCCGCUGUGUCAACAAGGCUGUCCUAUACAGCUGUGACUGCAAAGAUACUGGCUACAGUGGCCCUUUCUGCGAGACGGACAUUGACGAGUGUGUUAUAUGGCCGUGUGAAAAUAUGGGUACGUGUAUAAAUACACCUGGUAACUACACGUGCACAUGUUCAGAAUUAUGGUCCGGUCACCACUGCGAGACGAGUACCGACUAUUGCGCUAGUAACCCGUGCAAACAUGGAACAUGCCUCAAUGUUCCCGAGUCUUUUACCUGCAGCUGUUCAGACGGUUGGCAAGGCGACAUGUGCGAUGUAAACAUCAACGAAUGUGAGAAGUCCUCUCCCUGCGCAAACGGGGCUACUUGCAGUGACCUAGUGGGCUCUUUCCAGUGCGCAUGUACAUUAGGGUUUGAAGGUGACCAUUGCGAGGUUAACAUCGACGACUGCCAGAAUGCAAGCUGCCUGAACAACGCAACAUGCGAGGACUUGGUGAACGAUUUCCGGUGCAUUUGCCAACAUGGAUACAGCGGAUUGUACUGUGGGGAGGAUAUCAACGAAUGCGGUGGGGAACCGUGUCAAAAUAAUGCAACCUGUCAUGAUUUAAUAGGAGGUUAUCAGUGUCAAUGUAAGCCAGGAUUUAACGGAACGCAUUGUGAAGAAAACGUAGACGAAUGUAUCUUUUCUCCAUGCGAAAAUGGUGGUACAUGUGCUGAUGAAUUUGGAAGUUACACGUGUGCAUGUGCUCCAGAGUUUACUGGUCCACAGUGUCAGGAAGAUGUUGAUGAGUGCUUAUUGAGCGGUUCUGUUUGCUACAACGGUGGUAUCUGCACUAAUACAUAUGGCUCAUUCAAAUGCGAUUGCCCGAAUGGCUUUGCAAAAUCUCGUUGUGAGAUGGAUAUAAAUGAGUGUGAAUCACAACCCUGUUUAAAUAAUGCUACAUGUCAGGAUCAGAUUGGUGAAUUUGUUUGUAUAUGUGUCGAUGGUUUUGUCGGACUAUCUUGUGAAAGAAACAUUGAUGAGUGCGCUACGUCUCCUUGUGGAAUGAAUGGACAGUGUGUAGACAAAAUAAAUGGAUACCAAUGUAUUUGUGAUAGAGGUUUUGAUGGCGUUCAUUGUGAAAACAACAUAAAUGACUGUGCAAGUGACAGUUGCCUAAAUAAUGGGUCGUGUAUUGACCUGGUGGAUGGGUUUCAAUGCCAGUGUCAAGGGGGAUUUACAGGAACAUCUUGUGAAAUAGAUAUUGACGAAUGUGAAUACACGCCAUGCAAAAAUAAAGGAACGUGUGUCAAUACCGCCGGUGAUUUUACAUGUAAUUGUAUGGACGGUUACACAGACAAGACCUGUAGUGUCAACAUUGACGACUGUGCUGAAAACCCUUGUAAAAACGGUGCAACAUGUACAGAUUUGAUAGCUGGUUUUAAAUGCACAUGUGAUUCUGUGUACACGGGUGAUCUCUGUGACCAUGAAGUGAAUGAAUGUGAGAACGUCACGUGUGAAAACAACGGAGUAUGUAUGGACGAAAUUGGUGGUUUCCAUUGCGACUGUCCAAAUGGAUUCACCGGGAUGAAAUGUGAAGUAAACAUUGACGACUGCCAAUAUGUGAAAUGCCAAAACAAUGGCUCAUGUGUUGAUUUGAUAAAUGACUACUACUGUCAGUGUGUUAAAGGAUUCAGAAGUAAAGACUGUGAGAUCGAUGUUAAUGAAUGUGACAUGAUCAGGUGUAACAAUGGUGGAACAUGCAAUGAUAUGGUUGGAACAUUUAGUUGUCAGUGUCCAAAUGGGUACAAUGGGUUACUGUGUGAAAACGAGAUAAAUGAAUGUGAAUCAUCACCUUGUGUAAACGGAGCAACGUGUGUUGAUAAUGUUGGUAGUUUCCAAUGCGUUUGUCCUUCUGGCUUCACAGGUUUAAUUUGCGAUGACGACAUCGACGAAUGUGCUGAUACGCCAUGUAAAAACAAUGGCUCGUGUAUAAAUACGGUUGGAUCGUUUAUGUGUCUAUGUGUCCAAGGGUUUACAGGAAAGUUAUGUGAAGAAAAUAUAGACGAUUGCAGAGAAAAGCGUUGUGGAAACAGAGGAACGUGUGUGGACCUGAUAUAUGGAUAUAAAUGUGAAUGCAAUCAUGGCUUUACAGGACAGACAUGCGAAAUUAAUAUCGAUGAUUGCACAUCAAGACCUUGUUAUAAUGGCGCGACUUGUCUCGAUCGCGUUGGAGGUUUUCUUUGUUUCUGUCCAAGAGGUUUCACUGGCUCACUUUGUAAAACGGAUAUUAACGAAUGCGCGAAAGGUCCGUGUUUAAAUAAAGCUACGUGUAUUGACAAAGUCGGCAAUUUCACAUGUACAUGUACAAAAGGUUUUACCGGGCAACUUUGCGAGACUGAUUUAAAUGAAUGUGACGAUAAUCCAUGCCUCAACAAUGCACAUUGCAACAAUACAGUAGGUUCAUUUGACUGUGUUUGUCCGGAUGGUUUCAGUGGUCCUCGGUGUGAACACAUUGAUGAUAUGUGCAUAGGCAAUCCAUGUGAGCAUCGUGGACAAUGUAUUGCUUUUAUAAAUGAUUUUUCAUGUUCAUGUACGGAAGGCUUCACUGGAAAGAGAUGCCAAACAAACAUUAAUGACUGUCAACCUAGCCCUUGUUUGAAUGAUGGCGUCUGUUUGGACAGAGUUGCAAACUUCACUUGUCUCUGUAAAGAGGGAUUUACAGGACAACGAUGUGAAACUAAUAUGGAUGAAUGUAGUACUACCCCAACACCAUGCCAGAACAACGGGACUUGCGAAAAUUUAGUUGACAAUCAAGCAGAAGGGGUUAAAACGAUGGAAAAGGAUAGAAUGCAGUUUCAAAAAGCAGAAAAGGAUAACCAAGUUGCGGAGUGGUCCGAGCACAACUGGUAUGUGAUAAUGGCCAUAUGUGCUGGGGUAUUCCUGGUGUUGUUCACACUGAUAGCUAUCUUCAUAAAGCGCACCAGACGGAACCGUCAAAGAACAAUAGACUUGAUUAACUACUGGCCCGCGCCCGAGGACCUUGCCGUUCAUGGAUUUGACAAUGUUGUGUAUGACUUGCAAAACGAUCUGUAUAACGUUGAUACUCCGGUUUUACCAAUGGAAACAAUGCCUGUUCAAACGGAAGCAGAUACUCGCCCUAAUACAUAGCGAUGUUCACAGGGAACCUUUAAAGUCUCAUUGGGAUUUUUCUUCCUCCACAACACUUAACUAUUUAAAAGCAAGAUGCAAAAGGAAACGAUUUGUAUAACCUUUAUCAAUGCAGGAGUGCAAGAACAAAAAGAAAAUCUGACCUUCUAAAUGUCCAAUUGCACAUUAACAUAACACAGAAACAUUGACUAUAAUCAAUUGGAUAGAUAUAAUGUUUAAGGUUGUUGCAAUAAUGUCAGUUGCAUAAUAGAUGUUGAUCUGUUGUUGUUUUUCUAUACCACAUGUGCCAAAUAUAUAAAUACAAUUUACAAAAAGCAUU